AGGUAGACACCGAUGGCCGUCGAUGCGAGACGCGGCGGCGGUGGAAGAUGGUGGCCCGCGCGGUGCCGAAACGCGGCGGCGGCAGGUUGCUUCGGGGUAGAAGUAGAACUCCGAUGAAUCGACUGAGGCGAGCGCCGGCGCGCCGGCGAGCCGAGCAUCUCAACAACCGUCUCGAUGGGUAAAGCCCGCUUGGCUUUUACCGCGUCCCGUGAAAAUUUCACCGGCAGCCCACCCUGUAAAGAGCAAAGAGCCAAAGACCAGGACAGUUUAACCCGCCUCUUCUUCCUAUCCGUCUCGUCCCCUUUCCCCCUCCAUUUCCCUUCCCCUCCCCUGCAAAUCUAAUCUGCAACGCCGGCCGAGCAACAAGAAGCGGAAGAUUUUGAAUUCUGAUGCUGGUGGUCUGCAUUGCAAUCUCGGAGAUUCCAUUCCACUGCUCAAGGCGGGUGAGAUGCCACCGCCGCUGCUUCUCCCCUUCCUCCUCCUCCUGCUAGCACCAGCUCCAGCUCCCUCCGCCGCCGCCUCUUCUUCCUUCGCCCUCAACUUCUUCCCCGCCGCCGCCGCCCAGCUCGCGCUCUCCGGCGGCGCCAAUGCCACCGCCGCCGCAGUCUCCAUGCCCUCCCCGGGCGCGCGCGUCCAGUACAGGACCCCCAUCGUCUUCCCCUCCGCCGCCGGGGGGCUCGCCUUCUCCACCUACUUCGCCUUCGCCCUCCCGCCUUCCGCUGCCUCGUCCCUCGCCUUCUUCCUCACGCCCUCCGCAGCCCCCCACUCUCCCCCCGCCCUCGCCGUCGUCUUCUCCGCGCGCCACGUCCGCGUCGACCUCGUCGGCCGCGCCGCCCUCCACGGCCAGGCCCGCUAUCCCCCCGCCCGGAGCCGGACCCGUAGCCUCCACGCCUGGAUAGACUACAACGCCACCUCCGCCACGCUCCGCGUCCGCCUCUCGGCCACGCGCAACCCCGCUCACAACCACCCGAGCCCGCCGCUGCUCUCCUUCCCGCUCGAUCUGUCCCCCGUCCUUCGGAGGGGGCCUGUCCUCGCCGGCUUUAGUACGCCCUCGGGCAACUGCACCCUAUUCAGCUGGGCCUUCCACGCCGCUCCCUACCGGAUGCACUCCCAGCCGCUCAACCCCACCGACCUGCUCACCGCGCCGCCGCCGCCACCAGAGCGCCGCUACAGCCCCUGGGGGGCCGCCGUGUCCCUGCUGUUCGCGGCCGCUUGCGGCGCCAUGGUCACAUUCUUCGUGCUCUUCCUCUGGUACUCCGUGACGGCGCGCCGACCCGUCGCGCCGGUGGAGUACCCCAUGCACACCUCCGACGUCGUCUACCAGAAGAUUGUGCUCGUCGGAGUCAAGGAUGACGCUGCCACCGCCGACGAUGAUGGCCAUCCGCCGUCCGGCGCGGCUAACGAGUAGAGUAGACGAUGCUCCUUCUCGUCCUCCUCCCCAAGUACUAGCUCUUACCCUGCUGCUUUGUUUCGUUCCAGUUCAGUUCAGUUCAGGUUGCUGCUGCCUUUGCAAUUGUCUUGUAAUUACUACUGUAGUACCAUCAGUCAGAGCGCGGUGGAAACUGCAGAUUUUGCCAUCAAACAUAACAGCGCAAGCUCUGCACUUUCCACCCAAAUCAAGUUAGUUAGAAGCUCCUCAUGUUUCAGUUCGACGGUUCCUAAUCAUGGUGCAAGUUUGUAACACCACUGCUACUACUGUAUUGUUUCAGUUCGAGGUUCCUAAUCAAGUUGUAAGUUGUAACACCACUGCUACUACUGUAUUUCAUUUCUUGCACUGAUGCUGCUUAGUCAGUGUGCUUGUGUAGUUGUGAUUUGCUUCCCAGCUCUAGGGGACAAACAUGAA